UUUCGGAUGUGUUGCGCCGAUGGGUGCCGAGGAUGGCGAGUCCUCGUUCUCUGAAUAGGCGGGUCGCAAGCCAGCAGUGUGACGAACAGGGCCGUCCGUCACGUAUGUUUGCACAUUGCACAUGACACUUUAUGCAUUCAGUUAGCGUGUUAAUGCACCCAACACUGUGAGAAGCUAAUUGGUAAAUAAUUUGUACACGAUUGUCGGUUUUAAAUAUUUUAUUAACCAAACAGUUUUAUUGAGGUUGGCCGUGGGUCCGGUCCGGUGGCGUCACCUUGGGUGAUGGCGGCGGCCGGGUCUGCGGAGGUGACAGCAUAAUUUAGAUUGGAAUGUACAAUAUUGUGAGAUAAUUUAAAUUGGUGGUUCUCUUAGUGUGGUGUGCAUGCGGUGAAUGUAUUGAGUGUCGUGGAGGUGUGUGUGUGAAUGAGUGGUCUGUGCAGUUAACCUACCGUUUCCUCUUGUGUCCAGGUGCGUCUGGCCAAAAGAGUCCCCAGGGAGCCAGACGCCCAAAAGACUGUUCCGGGCUGAACCAAGGGGAGGGAUACGGAAGGGGUGGCUGCAAUACUUUUAACUUUAUAUUGUGUUGUUGGUUUAAGUUUGGUGGGUUUAGUUGGGUUAGUUUGCAUUAGUUAUUUUUUUGUUUACUUUAUUCUGGGUUUUGGUUUAUGAUGGAGAGUUUUUAACUUAGGUGGUAACAGCUAAGGAUAAGGUGAUCUACCUCCAGAGUUUUAUUGGUUUAUUCCUGUUGAGCAGACCAGUAUUAGAGGAGGCUGUUCCCCUCAUUCAGAAAAAAACGGUUUGUCUGUCUGGUUGUUCUGCGUUCUGCUGCUGGAGAAGCCAUUGAUCCUACCCUCCAACGCACCUGCACUUUUUGCACUUGCACUUUUUGCACUUGCACUUUGAUAUUUUGUAUUUUUGCACAUUUGGAAAAUAAAGAAGGAAAAAAAAGAAAAGAAGUCGACCACUCAAAUGCUGCCUCCGCCUGCCUUUGUACCACUGUUCUUCCACCGCUCGAGCCGCUUGAUCACAUUUGGUGUCAGAAGUGCUGCCCUGCCACAGUGAGUACAUUUGGUGUCAGAAGUGCUGCCCUGCCACAGUGAGUACAUUUGGUGUCAGAAGUGCUGCCCUGCCACAGUGAGUACGUUUGGUGUCAGAAGUCCUGCCCUGCCAUAGUGAGUACAAGAGCAAGAAAAUGAGUCCUAAACGUAACAAGAAGAAGGUGGAGUCAGAUGACGGGGGCGCUGCAGGGUCUGACUCCGAUGCCGCUAAUGUUGGUCCUAAAGAAGGUGUGGAGGAAUUGUCAGCGCUGGUUAAGAUGUUAAUUGAAAACCAGAAUGCAAGAGACAAGAAAAUAGAGGAAGAAUUGUCUAAACAGGAGCAGUGUUGGCGAUUUAUGCAAGAGCAGUUCCAGAAACUCCAGCAGCAGCAGAAGCAGUCUGAGUCAUACGAGCAAAAUGUGCACGGACGAAAUAUAGCCGUUCAGCCUUUGAUUGAUGACGGUGAGGAAGCUAAAGAUGAAGGGCCCGACCCAGGCGGCUAUGGUGGCCAUGGUUAUAGGUCCCAUUGGGAGGCGAAACUGCCUGUGUUGACGGCCAAUGAUGAUAUUGAACACUUUUUAAUCACGUUUGAGAGGAUGGCCCAAGUCUGUCGGUGGCCAGAAGAGGAGUGGUCCGUCCGUCUGGUGCCGUUGUUGACAGGUAAAGCACGCAGCGCUUUUGUGCAAAUGGAUAUUCGUUACUCUGAUGACUAUGAGAAGGUGAAGGACGCUAUUCUUGCCAAGUAUGAAAUAACUGAUGAAACCUAUCGAAGACGUUUCAGAUCGCUGAAAAUCGAGCCAGACGAGACGCCGUGGGAGCUGUAUGUCCGGUUGAAGGACCUGCUGCAUCGAUGGCUCCACCCCGAGAAGGCCAAGAAGAGCGACAUGCUGGAGAAGCUCAUCCUGGAGCAGUUUCUCCGCAUGGUCAGUCCAGAGCUCGAGGUGUGGAUCCGCGAGCGGGCUCCACGUGACGCGGCGGAAGCAGCGCGGCUGGCAGAGGCGUUUCUGUCGGCGCGAAAGAGGACUAGAGUUGGGGACUUCGGACAGGAGCCUCGCUUCACCAAGCAGAGUAAGUCCUUUGGGGGUGAUAGGCGUGGUCUUGGUCCAGGGGGUUAUGUUGAUGAGCCAUCUCCACAGGUUGAGCCAGGUCCAGCUAAAAAGUGCUCAAACUUUAAGAUGCGAGGUCAGGAUUUGAGGUGUCAUAAUUGUAAUGGCUUAGGCCAUAUACAGCGGUUUUGUCCAGCGCAAAAGGUGAAACCCUCUUUACUGUGCGCAGUCCCACGUCCAGUUGUGUCACCAUCGGUAGAGGUGAAGGGGUGCACCACGCCUGUGUUAGUGAAUGGCCAGAAAGUUGAGGCUUUGUUGGACUCCGGUUGUUUUCAGUCUGUAGUCCUCUCCAGUUUGGUUUCAGGGGAGAGGUGGUCCAGAGAUAAAACACCACUUACCUGUAUUCAUGGAGAUGAGCAUUUGUACCCCACAGCUGAGGUUUAUUUGACAGUAGGAGGGCAAACUUACCUGUUGAAUGUAGCCUUAGCAGAAAACUUGCCUUAUGACGCCAUUCUUGGCAAUGAUGUUCCCACUUUAGUUGAUCUGAUGUCCCAGAGCACUGACUGGGACCAAUGGCUGCCAUAUCUCCUGUUCGCCUAUCGGGAGGUCCCCCAGUCAUCAACGGGUUUCUCCCCCUUUGAACUGCUUUAUGGACGCCAGGUUCGAGGGCCAUUGGACCUCCUGAAGGACUAUUGGGAGCGGACUGAGAACGAGGGAGACAACAUCAUAGCCUACGUCCUGAAAAUGAGGGAGCGGCUUGAGGCCAUGACGGCACUGGCGCAGGACAACCUCAAGGAGGCGCAGCAGUACCAGAAAGUGUGGUUUGACCAGAAAGCAAAAGAGAGAGUCUUCAGCCCAGGCCAAAAGUUUAAAGCAAUGCCAUUUGGUCUGCAGGGGGCUCCAGCAACCUUCCAGCGCCUGAUGGAUUACGUGUUGAGGGAUGUGACAGAUUUUGCUGCCGCCUAUCUGGACGAUGUGAUCGUGUACAGCAGUUGCUGGGAAGAACAUCUGUAUCACCUCCAGGAGGUCUUGAAGAGGAUCAGAGCAGCUGGACUGACCAUUAACCCCCGCAAAUGCUUUGUGGCCCACCGCGAAGUCCAGUAUCUGGGCUUCACAAUCGGCUUUGGGAAGAUAAAGCCACGGGUGGAGAAGAUGGAUGCCAUCCGCUCAUUUCCGGUCCCCACCACAAAAAGGCAGGUGCGUCUGGCCAAAAGAGUCCCCAGGGAGCCAGACGCCCAAAAGACUGUUCCGGGCUGA